AAGAGAGCUGCAUGUGAGUGAAUAAUAGCGCGGGGACGCCCUGAGACCUGGCCCCUAUGGCCCCCGUCUCCACAGACUGCUGGAAAUGGACGCUGAACAUGACUGCUGCUCUCGUAUUCAUGACGAUCUGCAGCACCUCACUGGCCUCUGCACAGAAAUGCUGCUCUGGCCCGUGUACAUGGUACCGCCGAAAUGAGCACAAAUUGUCUCGGUCCAGACAGGUGUUUGUCUGCCGAACGCAAGCUUCUCAGACGCUAUCACAUAUUGAUAUUGAUUGUCGCCCGCCUUCUUUCGCUAUGUCUUAGAAGACGUACCGGCGAUUAGGAAUACUCAGACGGAACUUAGUGGACCGAGCCGAUCGUCUACGCAAGAAGCAUCUCCGGAACUUGUUUAGUGCACGCUGCUUUUCCACCAACUUUUGCGCUACCACCUACAUCCUCUAUGUGUGGUGUGUGUGGGGGGGGAGACAAGCCCGCCGCCACUGUCGUUCUUGUCUAAAGUUGUGUUAAGAAGUACGGUUGAUCAAGAGGGUGUAUCAUGAUCGGAUGCCUGCGGCCAGUGUACCAACUCGAGUUCCGCACUUUUAUUUUUUCAUUUUUUCGCAGUGAGCUUAUAGCCUUGACGUGGCGUCAAUGUCUGGCUCUGUCCAAGGCGUAGUAUCGAUGGGAAGGCCGCAUGCGGGAACAUGGUACGACGAGCGCAUACUACAUCAUCAGAGUCAUGGCAGCAAUGUUUGUUGUUGUUUAUUUGUUGUUGUUCAUUGUUAACGUGAUGACCACAUCUCGCGUAAAGAGGUUACCUUACUUACGAUUCCCAUGCAUGCAUCUCUAUUGCAUAC